AUGGGCGAAUGCCACACCUGGUUGCCCGAGCCAAGAAGUAGACCAUACGAAGUGAAUGGAUUGUACCCGAAGUCAACCGAAGAGCACGAAGUAGACGAGGAUGCGGACGUGUGCAAAUCAGCGUACGAGCUGAAGGACACCACAGAAGAAGGGGGCUCCGACGCCGAGUCGUUGCUCAUGCGGCACCUCUUGCUCAGACCUAUCGGCCCACCGCCAUAG